AUGGUUUGGUUUGGGUAAUGACUACUCCUACUACUACUAAGAAUCAAUGAAUAUAUAAUGUGAGUGAGUCAAUAUCACCAAAACAGAAAAAAGAAGAAUGCAAACACAAUAAAAGAGAAAAAGCAAAUGCACACAUCAUCACCAUCAUUACAAUCAUCACUUACUUACUACCACCCCACAUACCAAACCUAAAUUACAAACAAUUCUCUCUUUCUUUCUCUCUCUCUCUCUCCAACUUUUAUUCAACUCUUCUUCUUCCCCACCUUUUCCCUCCUUUUUGCAAUUGCACCCUCUCUUGCUUGAACCCUCAUACACCCCACCCCCAUCCAUGUCUCCUCCUUUCUCUUUCAAAAGGGUCUUCUUAUUCAACAAGAUUUCUAUAUUUAAGUACAAGAGAAGAGCUAUAAAUACCUCUUCUUUUCUCCCACAAACUCCAUUGAUGACUACUUUCUUCUCUCCCUUGUAAUAUAACCUUUCUCUUUCUCUGUUCUCUUUUUAUACCAAAGAAGAAGAAGAAGAAGAAAAAACAAUUCUUGAUUUCAAAAGAAGAAGAGCUAAACAAUGGGCAAGAGAGAAGGAAGAAGAACAAGACUUCAUUAUUGUCAUGUAGUGAUUUUCCUAUUGGGUCCUUUCCUUUGUUCAGGUUCAAGGGUAAGUGUCAAGGAAGGUAUUGAACACAUCAAAGAUUCAAAAUUUACUUCCCAAAUAUCAAAUACUCAAAAGGACAUUACAACACCAAUCACAACUGUUCCAACAUUAACUCCAAUCAAUCCCACAACUUCUUCCAUACCAAUUAUGAACCCGAAUUCGAAUCCAGAUUCGAGCUCUCCUGUUACCAUGACACCUACACUGAAUCCAAGUACCACUACUACUACCACUGCUGCAACCCCUGGUUCUUCAGGUGCAAGUUGGUGUGUUUCAAGUCCAAGUGUGUCACAAACUUCAUUACAAGUUGCUUUGGACUAUGCUUGUGGAUUUGGUGGUGCUGAUUGCUCUGCAAUUCAGCCUGGUGGAAGUUGUUAUAACCCGAAUAAUAUUCGAGAUCAUGCUUCUUAUGCAUUCAAUAGUUAUUACCAGAAGAACCCAGUUCCAAAUAGCUGUAAUUUUGCUGGAACUGCUGUUAUCACUAGCACUAAUCCAAGUACAGGAACAUGUCAAUUCCCAUCCACUAGCACUAGUUCUUCAGUGUUAAACACAACAAAUUCAAGUGGCUCAACAGUGUUUGGUGCAGUACCAUCUGGUCCCCCACCACCACCCACAUCUGCAGCUCACCCAAGUACUAGUUUCUCACAUUUGUUCAUCAUCACAUGUUUCUUUCUGUUUUUACCCAAAUAAUAGUCACAACAAGUAAAAAAACAAAAAAUGACCAUUUCUACUAUUUUUGGGACUUAUUUUUGUGCAUAUUGAGGAAUCAUUUCUGGGGUCUUGAGAUAAUUAACUGAAGAAGACAGACAUGUUUUUGAAGCUUUAGAUUCCUCCAUUAUUCAAAGAUUGAUUUUUUACACCUAUAAAUGGGGAGAGAAAUAGAGAGAGACAGAUCAUAUAGAAACAUAUGUUGGGUUCUUUGUAGAUUUUAACCAUAGUGUUUCUUCUUGUCUUGUAAAUUUUAUGAAUUAUUGUAAUGUUGUAUCUUCAUUAUUAAACAUGGUUUUGAAAGGUUUCUAAACCACUAAAGUGAAUGUCUUUUUGUGUGUUAGACAAAGUGUAUAUACAAUAAUACAAGAAUAUUUUUAUAUUGAA